AUGGCAGAUGGCCACCUCGUAACCCAAGUUAUAUCAGGGACAACUGUUCCCGCGUCAACAGCUACGCCAAUACCGUCAGCACGACCACCGAAACCGGAACUGCCGGCCAAUGUUGAGAUACGAAUGGCACCACCCUCUGCCGCACAAGAUGAGGCUCUCGUAGUCGCCUUGCAGCAUCUCGUCAACCUUGUUUACAGGGAAACGGAGGGCGAUAUCUUCUUCGAUGGGUACCAACGCAUAAACGCAGCUGAAAUGCGGCAGAUCCUAGAAGCUGGUGAGCUGGCAGUAGUCUACUCUAGUAGUCAAGGAGCGGAACAAACACCAGGCUUCCAGUCUCGCCCCGUAGGGUGUAUUCGCAUACAGAGGCGCUCGGACACGACUGGGGAGUUUGGCAUGUUUGCCAUUGAACCCACAUACCGCGGGGGCGGGAUGGGUCGGGAAAUGGUGGAAUUCGCGGAGGAUCACUGUCAAUCACAGGGGCUCAACGCCAUGCAAUUAGAGCUCUUGGUUCCGGUUGGUUUUAAGCAUGGUUUCAAGACGAGGUUGCUGGAAUGGUACACCAGAAUGGGUUAUCGCCUGAUAAAGCUCGGUGAUUUUCAGGAUGAUUAUCCACAACUGGCGCCUUUGCUUCGAGGACCGACCGAGUAUCGUGUGUUUGAAAAGAGUCUGGUGGUAUCUGGGUGA